CAAGUGCGCACAAUUGCAGUAAUCGAAUUGCUGUCGCUGCAGCCACAAAUCACGACAAAACGAAUCCUCCGAAGCAGGCGGUUAACAGGAUACAUAGUACAUACCUAAUAUACCUACGUACAUAAUUAAAUACAAGUGAAAAUAUGAAAAAUCUCAUUUUAUUACUCUGCUGCAGCGUUUUCUUGCAUUCCAUUAGCACCUCUGUGACCAGUGACGCCCCCACGCUCAUACGGGCCACACCCACAUACACCGUCGUUAUUGCACCACCCGUCGUCACGGCGCAUAGCCAUCAAGUGGUCGCGCGCAACUACAAUCGCCUUUACGUGCCCGCUGCUAGCUAUGUGCCUGCGAGUUAUGUGCCAGCUGUAAGCACAACGACCGCUGUGGCUGCCGCCUAUCCCUAUGCAUAUCCGACGACGGCGACGACCUACCGUUACGGUUACGGUUAUUACCCGGCUUACGGCUACAGCUAUGGCUAUGGUAGCGCAGUGCCUACGGCCUUGUGGCGAUGAUGUGUUAACGCUAAUAUGCGCAAAGCUUACGCGCGUAAACAUGCAUACUUGAACGUGUUAGCUUGAGUUUGUGUGUGUGUGUUUGUGUUUGUGUUUGUGUGUGUGUGUGUGUGUGCUUGCACGUGUGCGCGCGUGUAGCUAAAGUGCAGAUUUGCCAGGAUAUGCGCUGCUGAGUUGAUGAGUUUGUUUUACGUAAUAUGGUGAAGCCGCUUCAUGUGCACUCUUAUCUGCAUUAUUUUUUGCACUUGGCUUGAUGUGGCUGGCAGGAUGGCGGCUUUAUAAGCAAUUCAUACAAUACUCGUACAAUAAGGAUUUCAUUUUAUGUGAUGAGAAGGGUGAUUAUGCGCUGCAUGUUUAAAAUUUUCUGCAGCAGGCAAAUGAAUAACUAAAUAUUAAUAUAUGUAUGCUGUAUAAAUAUUAUUCUGCAUUUGAAUAAAGAAUUCAACAUA